AUGACCUACAACAUCACCAAGCCAAGAGCAUUCAACGUCAGGAGAGAUUCAGAAAGUCAAGAGGCUUCCAGGCAUGAUUAUGGUACAUUUGGAUCCUCACGUCGGGAAAAAUUUGAGGCAGCUAUUUCUGAAGGGAAGCUCACUGAGGCCCUUUCUUACAUUCUGGACCAACCGAGCAAGUCGUUUGAAGAUUUUCCUCUCCACGUUGCUGUGGUAGGAGAAUCAGAUGCCGGGAAGUCCUCCUUCAUUAAGACCGUGCAGAGCCCACAUCUGGAUGAGCCCGAUGCAGCUGCGGCUGACGUUGCUACAAAAACAGAUGUCCCAGAUCGCACAAAGGUAGAAUUUGGUCAGGUCAAAUUUUCAGAGAUCACAUGGAACAAAGAAUUACUUCGGGCGGAAGACGCCGAUGGCAAGGAGGUAGACUUAAAGGACUUCCAUUACUUCAUCAUAGUAGGCCCCCGGAUUUUCCAGGCCACUCCUUUGGACCUUGCGCUUAAGAUCCAAAAAAUGGACAAAGAGUUUUCUCUGGUUCAAACUAAGGCAGACCUGCAGUUGGAGGAAGCUAAGAAGCUACGACCAUCUGAGGACGGUGAGGAGGGUCUCUUCCUCUCCGUAGAUUCCUGCAAAGAGUCCUUGAGAAAUAAAGGGGUGAAAGAACCUCCUGUCUUUGCCGUUUCCAACAAGGAGCCCCACCACUUUGGUUUCCCCUCUCUGCGGAAAACCUUGAUGAGCGAGUUCCUGUGGAAGAAGAUUCUUGCUGUCCUUUCUCCUAUUUUGGAAAAAAAGGCAGGCAAAAUGAAAAAACAGAGCUGGCUGCUCACCCUUCUGUCCGGAUUUAUAGCUGGGAUCCCCGUCCCAGGAAUUGCAUUCUUAGGGGGCCUUGUCAUCCUCCUCAGGUUUGCUUCCUGGUGCCGCCGUAAAUUUGGCGUGGAUGACACGUCUCUCUCCAAACUUUCCAAGUUGGUUAAAGUAGUCCUCCCACACCUGAAAUCAGUGGUGACCUCCCAGUCCAAAAAGAAAAUGGUUUUACAGAGGCUGCCAGAUUCCCUGGGUUCUUCGGUGAUGCUUGCAGAAUAUUUCUAUUGGGACCGUUUCCCCUUCAUCGGCUGCAUCGUGUCGGUAGUAAUUUCACUUGUUUCCUCUUUCUUCACCCUGAAGAAACUUCCGUCAGAUGUUAAGAAAGACACCCAGAAUAUUGUAAUUGCAGCUAUCAAACCGAAGAAGACAGACCCUGAAAACUCAGAAAUUACUAUUGACUUGGGAAUAUUAAAAAAAAUGCCAGCUUUCAAAUCCUUGGAUGCAGUUCCAAAAAUUACUGCAAAUUGA